CGCAACCCGCCGCCCGCCGCCGUAUAGAAGAAGAAGGGGAUGUUCUAUUCGCACACGUUUCUGGCAAGGAAGGGGCCUUUAGGCACUGUUUGGUGCGCCGCCCAUUUGCAGCACAGGCUCAAAAAAUCUCACUACGUUGCCACCAAUGUUCCGUCCACCGUCGAGAGAAUCAUGUUUCCGGAGGUGCCUAUUGCACUGAGAAUGUCGGGGCAUCUUCUACUUGGAGUCGUACGCAUAUAUUCGAAACAAGUCGACUAUCUCUACGAAGACUGCAACGAAAUUCGGAUUACAAUAAACCGUGUUUUUACAACCGUGAACGUCAAUCUUCCUAACGACGCGACACACGCUUCGUUUAAGUCCGUCACUUUGCCAGAAAAUUUUAAUCUUGAUUCCUUCGAGUUGGACGAUUUUCGCAACGACUGGUCCGAGGAUUCUCAUUUAUUGAGGCAAGAGGACAUAACUUUGACAGAGCAAAUUCCGACUGAUAGAGAUCCCUAUAUCGUCAUCCAUUUUAACGAGCAUGAUUUGAAGGAUUCGUCUUUCACGGGAGACAAUUCAGAAUCUACGCACGAGCCAAUGGACGAAGAUGUUCCUCCUCCUCCAGAUGAUUUCGAUGCUCGUUCUCCUCCUAGCAACGAUAACAACAAUAAUAAUGAUAAUCUAUUUGGAAAUGAUGAUAUAAAUGUCGGAAAUAGAACUCCUCAAGAUUUACCGAGUAUUGAAUUGAUGCGCGAUGCUAGAAGAAAUGGUUUCGAUUUUAACAAUUCACCGAAGCUGCCCGAUCGGGCGGAGCCCGAUAAAUUCCUCGAGGAACAAUUCAAUAGAGAUAACAAAACCUCUUCGACCACUCCAUCUACACCCGAAACAACAACAGUGGUGCCGCCGGCUGAUGACCAUGUUCCUUCGUUUGAAAAUCACCAAGAACAACAUUCGCCGGUGCGGUUGGAUUCUCCAAUUCAUUUCGUCCAUGAAUCACCGGAAAUGGAACUACAACCGACGCCACCUGUCGCACAGCCGGCAAGAGUUAGGAGGAACAGGAGACAGCUCUUUGACGAGACAACUGUCCUUAACAAUGAGUACUUGAAGAAUAACCUAAAGUACACGAAGGAUAUUCUUCGGGAAAGGAGAUCGAGUCCUUUAGAUUCCCUUCACGUUUGGAAACGAAACAAAAGAUCGAGAAUGAGAAAGGAAGGUGUCCUUUACGACCCGUUUAUAACUGGAUCUUGUGCUGACCUGGAAAGCAUACAUAGAGACGACUUUGUCUCUUCUAAACUUGAUCGGUUUAUUACAGAGGAAACGAACGAAGGGACAGGUGUCGUCGCUACUGAUAUGGAAAUCGAAACGCUUCGUAAUAACGACUGUGCUGCUACACCGGAGAGAUUUAUACCCUCCGAUGUUCUGCCUUCUCCAAAUAAACAAGGUUACUCAACUCCUGUGAACCCCACUGUUGGAUCGCCGUCAAGACGGACGGAAUAUACCGAUGGGGACGGAAUAUUCCACACCCCAGACAAUGGACCAUCGAAUAAUUUUUUCUCGGAAAUCGAAACCCCCAAUACUGGCGGGGGCACUUUCAAUUCCGACAUUCCCGAGCUUGUGCCUUCUCCAGGAGAACUUGGAUUUCUAGAACAAGAUGGCAGUUCAACAAUCGGAUCCGAAGCAACACCGGAAUUUGGUAUGUUCUCAAAGAAUCAAGGAACCCCCGAGCUGCAACAAUUGUCUUCACGAACAAGGGCUUUGGCACAGUACUUGAAAAGGCAGUCUUCAGCAACUCCUAUCUCGGACAACAACUCGAACAAACCACCGGGAGAUCUCAGUUUGAAGAAGAUUCUAGAAGGCAAACCCAAGAAAAUAUGUGCUAGAAUGUUCUACGAAACUUUGGUUUUGAAGAAUUACGGACUUAUAGAUACAAAUCAAGAGAAACCGUACGACGAUAUUAUUUUGAGGAUUACUCCGAAACUAUCGAAGGGGCAAUUCUCCGGCUGAAAAAUUGUGCUAUUUAUUCGUGUAAAUAGGUGGAAAUGUACACUAGCAGGGCCUGCAAUAAUCUCACCAGAGAAGAAUUUCUUCACUAGGAAGAAUUUGUACUAAAUUAUUUUUCUUUUGUUUAUUAUUUAUUUAACUUAAAAAGUAGUAGUUAUUAUUAGUUACUAGGCCUUUUGUUUUAUUUAUUUAACUUAAAAAAUAGUAGUAUUUAGUAUUUCUUAAUAUUUAUGAAGAUACAUAUAUUUUGAUCUAUUUUUUUUGAAGAAUAUACACAAGUUCCAAAUAUUCUUCAUAUUGUAGGCUCUUAUUUAUGAAAAUUUUGCUGGUGCAAAUGAAAUUGUAACGGAAUUUCUGAUUUCCGCUAAUUCCGAUCCGAAA